GGAAAUGAAAACCCUCUUGAACCCCGAGUAUCUGGAACAUGAUGCCUAUGCAAUGUUCUCACAACUGAUGGAAACUGCUGAGCCUUGGUUUUCCACUUUUGAGCAUGAUGGUCAAAAGGGGAAAGAAACUCUGAUGCCUCCCAUCCCCUUUGCCCGGCCACAGGAUUUAGGACCAACAGUUGCUAUUGUUACUAAAGUCAAUCAGAUCCAGGAUCAUCUACUGAAGAAGCAUGAUAUUGAGCUCUAUAUGCACUUGAACAGACUGGAAAUUGCACCACAGAUAUAUGGAUUACGGUGGGUGCGGCUGCUGUUUGGCAGAGAGUUCCCUCUGCAGGACCUCCUGGUKGUCUGGGAUGCCUUGUUUGCAGAUGGCCUCAGCCUGAGUUUAGUGGACUAUAUCUUCAUAGCCAUGUUACUCUACAUUCGAGAUGCUUUGAUCUCUAGUAACUACCAGACCUGUCUUGGCCUUCUGAUGCAUUAUCCACUCAUCGGGGAUGUGCACUCACUGAUUCUUAAAGCUCUGUUUCUUAGAGACCCAAAGAAAAAUCCAAGACCAGUGACUUAUCAAUUCCAUCCCAAUCUAGAUUAUUACAAAGCACGGGGAGCAGACCUUAUGAACAAAAGCCGGACCAAUGCCAAAGGUGCUCCCCUGAAUAUAAAUAAAGUUUCUAAUAGCCUGAUUAAUUUUGGAAGAAAGCUGAUUUCCCCAGCAAUGGCCCCAGGCAGUACAGGUGGUCCUGUACCUGGGAGUAACAGUGGCAACUCCUCCUCUGCUGCUUUCCCCACCAGGACCUCAGCAGAAGCCUUGAGGCAUCAUUUGCAACCACAGCAGCAGCAGCAGCAGCAGCAGCAGCAGCGGCUGAUGAAAUCCGAAAGCAUGCCAGUGCAAUUGAACAAAGGCGAUAUAGUUACAGGAAGCGAUGCUCAGGUUUCUGUUCCUGUCCAGACUCUAACUGACCUCCAAGGGCAAAAUUCUAAAAACAUCAGUUCAUCUCCAAGCAUUGAGAGUUUGCCUGGAGGAAGAGAAUUCACUGGCUCCCCACCUUCAUCUGCUACUAAAAAAGAUUCCUUUUUUAGCAACAUCUCCCGGUCCCGCUCACACAGCAAAACUAUGGGCAGAAAAGAAUCUGAAGAAGAAUUAGAAGCCCAGAUUUCCUUCCUUCAAGGGCAGUUGAAUGACCUGGAUGCCAUGUGCAAAUACUGUGCAAAGGUGAUGGACACUCAUCUUGUAAAUAUUCAAGAUGUGAUAUUACAAGAAAAUUUGGAAAAAGAAGAUCAAAUUCUGGUUUCCCUGGCAGGAUUAAAACAGAUCAAAGACAUUCUAAAAGGUUCCCUGCGUUUCAACCAGAGCCAACUGGAAGCUGAAGAAAAUGAGCAGAUUACCAUCGCAGAUGACCACUACUGCUCCAGUGGCCAGGGCCAGAACCAACAAGUUCCUGGAUCCACCAAGCAGGCUUCUGCAGAAACUCCUGGGCUCACAGACAGAGGGGGCUCUGAUGACUUCAUCCUGGUUUCAAAAGAAGAUGAGGGGGGCAGUGCCAAGGGGCACUUCUCAGGUCAGGCUCAGCCUCUUCGCACCCUCAAAAGCACAUCUGGGAAAAGCCGGACCCUGGCCUGCUCUCCUCUGGUGUUCUCAGAUCCCCUGAUGGGCCCAGCCUCAGCAUCCUCCAGCAACCCCAGCUCCAGCCCUGAUGACGACAGCAGCAAGGACUCUGGCUUCACCAUCGUGAGCCCCCUGGACAUCUGACCACAGGGACCCAGUCUCCCCCUCAGGGGCCUCCCUAGGGGAGACCCCUCUGAAACCAGUGCUGCUUCCCCAGCAUGCAUUUGGCAUUGGUACAGCCCAUUGGAACCCUUUAGAAAGAAGCAAAUACACCUAUGUUCACAAAAAUGCAGACAGGACUUUCUGGGCCCUUACCUGACCCCACCCCAAUUCUUGCUCUGAAUUAGAGCCAGACUAAGUACCCAGAACCAUACUCUGAGAAAAGACCAAGCCACAAUCAGAACCACUUUUCCCCAUCUUCUCCUCCCCAACUGAGAGUGUCUGACAGUGCCAUCAGUUACCUUUAGGUGAAGGUGGACAGUUUCCCUCCCUCAAAGCGUCAGCCACCGGGAAAGUAGUUGAUAUCGAGAGUGCUUUCUCUGUAGAAAUCUGUCUCAUAUUACUUAGUUCCUACCUAGGGAAGCCAUGUAGCAGAGCCAAGUGCAAUAGAAUGAACUAGAACAAGGGAUUCCAGGACAUGGAAAAACCCAUUACUCAAUUACUGACCUCUCAAAAUUAUGAUUUCUAGAAACUGGGUCUAAAGUUAAAAGUUGUUUGGAGGUAUGGUGUGAUUUAAGAUUCGUUAAAGAAGACAUUUAAAAUCCUCAGGCUAAAUAGAUUUUGGCCUUAUAGUUCCUCCUUAAACAAUUGUAUUUCACUUUUUAGAAUCUUUUACAGAAAACAAGGUCACUUUAAGCUAUCUUUACUAUACUGACUUCAUAAGUUGCAAGAGUAUUACUAUCCUUGAAUUGAAAAAAAAAAAAAAAAAGUGACCCUGACU